GCCGGCGGCGUUCCCUGGCCUGUUUCCGUUCUCUUGACUGUUGUCAGGACUGCAGACUAACAGGGCGCUGCUCAUCGCUUGUUUGACUCAUGAACGGCUGCUCUCCUGUCGUGGCUAUCGCCCCUGUCCAUCAUCGCGGCGUUUCCGUUCCGUUGUGAAUGCUUGGCUCCAUCGUCCAGCUCGACAAGAAGGCCCGUCUCGAUGCCAGCAACCACGAACGAGCCUGGGAUGGCGUUGGCCAGAAAGUCGAACUCCGUAUCUGGAGAAUCAAGCAGUUCGAGGUUGUUCCCGUCCCUGCGAAUGAAUACGGCCAGUUCUACUCUGGUGAUUCUUACAUCAUCCUCAACACCUGGAAGGACCCCAACGGCCCUCAGCUGCACUACGACGUCCACUUUUGGUUGGGCUUGAGCACCACCCAGGAUGAGGCUGGCACUGCUGCCUACAAGACUGUCGAGCUCGAUGACCAUCUCGGCACCCUCCCCAUCCAGCACCGCGAGGUUGAGGGCUACGAGUCCGACCUCUUCCGCUCGUACUUCAAGGUCAUUCGGAUCCUCGAUGGCGGCUUCGAGACGGGCUUCCACCAUGUCCAGGUCAAGGACUAUACUCCACGCCUGCUGCACUUCCACGGCCCCGAUCGCGGCGGCCUGAAGGGCAACGUCGUCCUGACCCAGGUCCCGCUCAGCUACAAGAGCCUGAACUCGGGCGAUACCUUCAUCCUGGACAAGGGCCUGGUCCUCAUCCAGUGGAACGGCAGCGCCUCCAGCCCUGCCGAGCGUGUUCGUGCAGCCCAGAUCUGCCGCCAGCUGGACGACGAGCGAAACGGUCAGGCCAAGGUCAUCGUCUUUGAGGAGAGCGACAACGACGCUUCGGAGUUCUGGGAGGGCAUCGGUGGACGCGGACCCAUCAAGAGUGCUUCGGAGGCCUACGUCCAGGGCACCGAGCCGUCGUUCACCAAGGUUCUGUACAGUAUCUCCAGACUCAGCGAGCCCGCCGCCGGCAACCUCAAGUUCAGCAAGGUCGCCGAGGGCACCGCCGUCCAGCGAGGUCUCCUCAACUCGGGCGACGUCUUCAUCUACGACGACGGAUCCCAUGUGUGGGCCUGGAUCGGCAAACACGCCAGCGCCAACGAACGUCGCCAGGCCAUGUCCUACGCCCUGGACUACAUCAACCAAAAUGCCCGCCCCAUCUACCUCACCGUUUCCCGUGUUAUCGAAGGCUCCGAGGGCAGCCACUUCUUCGAGGCUCUUGCCAAGUGAACAAAUGGUCCGUCGCCGCAAGCAAAAUGCUGGUCGGCGGUCGCCCCUGGCCAGCGUUGAUGGGCCUGCCUUGCCCCCGAUGCCCAGGAAUUGCGCCUCGGUGUCUCCACUCUCCUUUCCAUCGUCGAUCUCCCACAAUCUACGCCACAAAUAUGAGCAAUGCAUUCAUCCAUUCGGCCUGAGACCAGACAGAGGAUUAACCUGUGCUCCUCGA